UGGCAUUCAUUUGCCUUGGCGAGUCCUAACUUGCCCUCGGGCUAUUGUCGUGCGCGCACUCAGCUUUUCAUCACCCCAGAUCAAGCGUCCAGUCCAGCCUCCAGGCUCCUGUGCAUCAUGGCUCGGCUCGCAUUACCCCUGACCGGCUACACUUGCAACACGCCUGAUCGACGUGCUCGCAGCACGGAUGGAAUUGUCGUCGUCUGCAUGUACGACAUGCGUAUGUAUGUAUGUAUGCGUGCAGAAUCAUGCGGACAGGGCAGGACAGGGCUCGUAAUCGGCAAAUUACUGGUUUUUCGGUGCGUUCCGGCUGGUCCUCUCAGUAUAUGCCCGGGUCCCGGGCAAUAUGACGCCUGUGAAAUGCUGGCCAUCUUGCCGUAUUUCUCGUUUUGGGAUGCUGCUCGCUACAUGUUUGAUGCGAAAAGAAUGCCAUAUGCUCUGUGCGUGACCGUCAGCAUGCUGUCAGCCUGUCAGGACUACAGCCAAGACAUAAACGCCUGGAUCCUGCAUCCUACGGUGAAGAGGAACGAGGCUACUACACUGCGUGGCCCCCUUUCUCCCCCCGUCAAUCGACACACACACACACAUAUCACCUUUUACGACUCAGGUCUCCCAUUCGUCGUGCUAACUCCCCCCUGUGUGUCCUUGUCCCUACGUCACCCGAUGGCCCCCUGCAUACGUUCACAGGCCGGCAGAAUCGCGAAAUGCAUUCCCUUGUUCAGUGUGCAGGCAUGCUCAGAUCUAGAGCCUAGGCUCGUGAAAACUGGCAUGUGCAGAAAAGGCGUUUCUUAUCACUUGCGAUGAAUUUUGGGGUCCCUUUGAAUCGUUUCUUCUUGCAUGGGGUCGGGUCUUAUUGUGUGUCUCGCUAGGGAAGGCCGGUUCUGUUCUGAAAGGAACGUGCUUUUUAUCUCUCUCCGCAUUGAUAGCUGGUCUGUGUGGGGAUGGAUAAUGCGUUGAAGUUCGGGUGCUGGGAUUGAGUGUUGCCUUAUCGACCGAUUAUGGAAUAUCGAGUGCGACAAUUCAAAGGCAAACCGUUUACGGGUGGGGGAGGGGGGACUGAAUAUGCAA